AUGGCAUCUGAAAAUAUCUUAUUUUCUUCACUUAUAUUUUCUUCUCCACUAAAGGAUUAUAACAAUGAUAGUGCAUUAAAUAUUUGUGAAAUAUCUUCUACUCAAAAAUCAAAAAAAAAAAAAGUACGAAAACAAAAGAAAAAUAAAAAAAAAAUAAUUAAGAAAGGACGAGUUUCAAAAAAAAAAUGCAAGAAAUCACAAACAUAUACUAAAUUACUUCUAGAACCUAUUCUCACUUCUACACCAAUUAAAGAUGAUCUAUAUAAGGUGGAAAAAAUUCGAGAUACAUCUAAUGACUAUCUUGAGUCAUCACCAAUAAAAGAGAUUGCAUACCUUGAGGAUAUUUCUUAUAACAUUUUUGACAAUAGCGCAACAACAGAUUAUUCUUUUAUAAAUAGUUUUCAUUUUUCACAAUUAAUUGAACCUACAACAGAGUUAGUUUAUGAAUAUGAAAAUAGUUAUCAAAUUAUUUAUAAAGUUGUGGAUAAUGAUAAAUUGGAAUUUAUAGCAAAAAGAUACUAUCCAUAUGCUAAAUAUCUUAAGUCUGAUAAAAAAAAUAAUACUUUGUUAUCUACAUUAGAUAUAUCACAAAAAAAUUUAAAAUCAGCAUUAAAGAAAAAAGAUGGACCAAAGAAAUUAUUUAGUGUUAAAUUUCCCACUUUUAUUAGCAAAGAAAAGUUUUUUUAA